AUGGCAGAUAAUUUUAUUGAGGAAUUAUCACACAAGCAGAUACAACCAAAUGUGGAGGACAAAUGGAGUUGGAAGACAAAUCAAAGUGGAUAUUAUUCAACAAAAAGUGGUUAUGAUUUGAUAUGUGGAGAACAUAUGGCAGCUGAGCAGAAUUCAGACUUCGUGAACUUAUGGAAGCUUAAAAUUCCAGCUAAAGCACAAGUGUUUGCUUGGAGAUGUAUAAGGGACAGACUUCCGACAAAGAUGAAUCUAACAAGGCGACAAGUGGUGGUCAAUGACUUCAUGUGCCCACUAUGUGGAGAGGUAGAGGAGGAGGCUGCUCACCUAUUCUUUAACUGCCGCAAUAUCCUACCCAUAUGGUGGGAGUCUUUAUCUUCGAUGGGCUUAUCAACAGCAGUACCCCAAAGUCCUAGGGAUCACUACUUGCAGCAUGUGCCCGAAUUUGCAGAUAGAAAGAAACUUAUAAGUUGGAGGUGUUGGUGGAUUGCAAUGACAUGGCCAACUUGGAAGCUUAGAAACAGAAUAGUAUUCCAAAAUGCCAUUUUUGAUGGAAGAAAAUUGAUGGAAGAUCCAAUCUUAACUCUUUGGAAAUGGCUUAAAACCAUGGACAAGGACUUUGCAAUUCACUUCAAUCAAUGGUCUUCUGACCUGAAGGAAGCGUUUAGGAAUUAG